AUGAUGAAGCUGGCGUUCAAGCUCGGCAUCAACUCCUUCGACAACGCGGACGCCUAUGGGGAGGGUCUCGCCGAGAAAAACAUGGGCAUUGCUGUGCAGAAGGGUGUCGAUGAAGGCGUCUGGAGCCGGGAGGACCUCGCGAUCGCCACCAAAGUCGGUCUGGGGACGAAGGGCUUCCGGGACGCAUCGGGACCGAACGACCAAGGCUUAACGCGCAAGCACAUCAUUGAAGCGACCAAGGCCUCGCUCAAGAGGUUCGAUCUCGAGUACGUCGACGUCAUUUACUGCAUUCGGCCCGAUGUGUGCACGCCCAUGGAAGAGACUGUGCAUGCCAAGAACUUCGUCCUAGAGCAGGGCUGGGCUUUCUACUGGGGCACGAGUCAGUGGAGCGUGGCUCAGAUCGUCGAGGCUUGCGAUGUUGCAGACCGCCUCGGCCUCGUUCGCCCCGUCGUGGAGCAGUGCGUCUACAACCUGCUAGACCGCACCAAGGUGGAGUUCGAGUACGCCGACCUGUACAAGAAGUACAAGCUCGGUCUCUCGACUUGGUCCCCUCUCUCUGGCGGACUACUCACGGGCAAGCACAGCCAGGAGAUCGUCAAAGGUUCUCGUAUGGACGGCCCCUUGCGCACAUUCUUCGCGCCUGAUUUCGUCGAGCGCCAAGCCAAGGCGGACAAACUCCAGUCGGUGGCCGCAGAGCUUGGCAUCUCCCUGACUGAGCUCGCUUUGGCGUGGUGCAUCAGCAACGAGAACGUCUCCGCGGUCAUGAUCGGGGCCAAGAACUUGGCGCAGUUGGAGCUCAACCUGAAGGCGCUGCCUGCGUUCGAGAAGACCACGCCGGAGGUCAAGGCCCAGAUCGACGCGCUCGUGCCGUUCGUGCCGCAGCUCCCAAAGUCCGAUGGAUUGGAGAACCGACGCACCAAGUUCCUCUAA